AUGCAUAACAAAGGUCCUGCCCCUCAGCUUCACGACGGUAGCAACCUGCGCAUCGGCAUCGUGCACGCACGCUGGAACGACACGAUCAUCGACCCUCUCCUCACGGGGGCGAAGGCGAAAUUGAAGGAAUGCGGCGUUAAGGAGUCCCAUAUCGUGGUCCAGACGGUCCCGGGCUCGUGGGAGUUGCCAAUUGCCGUUCAGCGCCUCUACGCCGCUUCCCAAGUGCAAUCCUCCUCCUCCGGAGCCGGCGCCUCAGCAGGCGACCUCCUCGGCAGCUCCACCACCGACCUGACCGCGGAUAUAACUUCUGCAUCCACCUCGGCGGCCACCGGCCCCUUUGACGCCAUCAUCGCCAUUGGCGUGCUCAUCAAAGGCGAGACCAUGCACUUUGAAUAUAUCGCCGGCAGCGUAUCGGACGGCUUGCAACGCGUCUCGCUCGACACCGGCGUGCCCAUCAUCUUUGGCGUGCUCACUGUCCUAACGGAUGAGCAGGCGAAAGCCCGCGCGGGGUUGAUUCCGGGGAGCCACAACCAUGGCGAGGAUUGGGGCCUAGCGGCAGUUGAGAUGGGUGCAAAACGCAAGGCUUGGGCGGCAGGUACUAUUGAGUGA